AGACAGACGCUGGUCGGGUUUCAUUGUCAGCCACCAUGGAUCUCAGUCAGUUUGAAGAAGACAACACUGUCAGCUGCCGCCUGUCUUCCCCGAUACCCGACAUAUGCAAAACCGAAGACUGCUGCCUGGGCAUCGAUGAAGCUGGCCGCGGACCGGUGUUGGGGCCCAUGGUUUACGGGAUAUGUUUCUGUCCUGUGUCGAAGAAAGAGGACCUCAAGGGCCUGAAACUAGCAGACUCUAAGACUCUGACAGAGGAGCAGAGGGAGAGUCUGUUUAAGAAGCUGGAUGAGGCCAAGAGCUUUGUGGGCUGGACACUACAGGUGCUCUCACCCAACACUAUCUCCACCAGCAUGCUGCAGAGGACAAAGUACAACCUGAAUGCUCUGUCUCAUGAUGCUGCUAUUGGGUUGGUGCAGUACGCUCUCGACUCUGGGGUGCAGCUCAAAGAGGUGUUUGUAGACACCGUUGGUCCUGCGGAGAAGUACCAGGAUAAGCUGUCCCAGCGUUUCCCCGGCGUGGAGGUCACCGUCAGGCCCAAAGCUGACUCCCUCUUCCCCAUCGUCAGCGCUGCCAGCAUCUGCGCCAAGGUGGCCAGAGACCAUGCCGUGAAGGGAUGGAAGUUUCUGGAAGACCUGGGGGAGGUCGACAGCGACUACGGCUCCGGCUACCCCGGCGACCCUAAGACUAAGAGCUGGUUGUUGAAGUAUCUGGACCCGUUGUUUGGCUUCCCCCAGUUUGUGCGUUUCAGCUGGAGCACAGCGCAGACACUGCUGGACAGCAAUGCUGUGCCCGUCCACUGGGAUGACGAUGAAGAGGAUGGUGAGAAGGCCGCCGCUCGUCAGAACAAUGCGUCCAUGUUGUCCUACUUCAGCCGUAACACGCAAGCCAGCGGAGAUAGCAGCAGCGCAGGCAGAGAAGCACACAGGUUCUUUACGGAACGCAGGCUACAGAACAUCAGCUCUUUAUAAACACACACACACACACAAGCAGCAGCGCAGGGAGAGAAGCACACAGGUUCUUUACGGAACACAGGCUACAGAACAUCAGCUCUUUAUAAACACACACACACACACACACACAUACAAACACAAGAAACCCAACACACACACACAUAUACACACAUACUACUGUAUAUACACACA